GCCGAGAUGGUGGAAGACGGCGGCGAGGAGGAGGCGGAGGGGGAGAGCGGGGAGAUGCCGGCGGCCACCGCCGCGCCCCCGCUGCCGCGCUGCAAUGGCUUCCUGCCCGGCAAGGAGGCGGCGGGCGGCGGGCGGGCGGCCCCGGCGGGCGGCGAGGAGCAGCCGGCAGCGCCGGCAGCGCUGGCAGCGCCCGUAGCCCCGGCGGCCCCGGCGGCCCCGGAGGCCGAGGCGAUGCUGCCGACGGGCGGCGGGCGGGUGGAGACGCGCCUGUCGCGGCGUCGGCUGGCGGUUCUGGCCGUCUUCAGCUGCUACUCGCUGGUCAACGCCUUCCAGUGGAUCCAGUACAGCAUCCUCAGCAACGUCUUCGCCGUCUUCUAUGGCGUCUCGUUCACGCAGAUCGACUGGCUCUCCAUGGUCUACAUGGUGGCCUACGUGCCGCUGAUCCUGCCGGCCACCUGGCUGCUGGAUGCCCGAGGUCUGCGCCUCACCGCCCUCCUGGGCUCGGGGCUCAACGCGCUGGGCGCCUGGCUCAAGUGCGGCAGCCUGGCCCCCCAGCGCUACCCCAUCACCCUGGCCGCACAGGCCGUCUGUGCCGUCGCCCAGGUCUUCAUCCUGGGGCUGCCGUCGCGCAUCGCCUCCGUCUGGUUCGGCCCCACCGAGGUCUCCACCGCCUGCGCCGUGGCUGUGCUGGGCAACCAGCUUGGCACUGCAAUUGGGUUUUUGUUGCCACCUGUUCUGGUUCCAAAUACACCUAAUGAUAUUGAUCUCAUGGCACAUAACAUCAGCAUCAUGUUCUACGGAACAGCAAUAGUGUCCACACUUUUGUUCUUCUUAACAGGAGUUGUGUUUGAAGAAAAGCCCAAAUAUCCUCCUAGUCACUCCCAAGCAGUCCUGCUAACCAAACCUCCCGAGGAUUAUUCCUACAAGCAGUCCAUUACUAACUUGUUCAAAAAUACUCCCUUUGUACUUUUGCUGAUCAGUUAUGGUAUUAUGACCGGGGCAUUUUAUUCUGUCUCCACAUUAUUAAACCAGAUGAUAGUAACUCAUUAUGAGGGAGAAGAAGUGAACGCUGGGAGAAUUGGCUUGACUCUGGUGGUGGCAGGAAUGGUGGGUUCGAUUAUUUGUGGUUUGUGGCUGGAUUACACUAAAACAUACAAGCAAACUACUUUGAUUGUUUACAUUCUCUCUUUCAUUGGGUUGUUGGUAUUUACCUUCACCCUGGACCUCGGAUACCUUAUAGUAGUGUUCGUGACUGGAGGAGUACUUGGGUUCUUCAUGACUGGCUAUCUUCCACUUGGAUUUGAAUUUGCUGUGGAAAUUACAUACCCAGAGUCUGAAGGCACUUCCUCAGGUCUCCUUAAUGCAUCAGCACAGAUAUUUGGAAUUCUCUUUACACUUGUUCAAGGAAAACUCACAACAGACUACAGUCCUCGUGCAGGAAACCUCUUUCUUUGUGCUUGGAUUUUUGUGGGCAUUAUCUUAACAGCCUUAAUAAAAUCAGAUUUGCGAAGACACAAUAUGAAUUCAGGGAUUAUGACUUUGGAUGUUAAAGCUGUACCAGUUGACAGUCCUGUAGAACCUGAAAGCACUACGUUAAAAAUUCAGUCAACUUUAUAAAGCAGAAGGAAGGUGACUUAGAAACGCACAAGUUUGGUUGGAUAUGGAACAAUAUGAACUAGUAUAAUCACUGGAUUUGUGUGUAUGAGUAGUAAAAUGUGUUUGUUGGUAUUGGUGGUAGAUGUGUGGUGGAAGCUAUGAAGAUGCUCAGUUCAUUUUGCCCAAGAUGCAAACAAUUCACCUUUGUACGGAAUAUUUAUUUAAACGGUUGUCAAGUUUUGCAGUUUCACUAGUAAAGAACUUUGUGAACACUAUCCACACUAGGGAGACAUGCACAUUCAGGAUGCAUACUUGAAAAAUUCUGGAAUCCUGAAGUACAGUUGUCGUGAUUGGAAGUAUCUAAUCUUCUUUUCUUGUUCAGUCUUUGCCGGUGCAUUUGAAAAGUCAAAGAGUAGGGAGCUGCACAGCAGGAGGACGUUCACGAGUUCCUUUUUUAUUUUAAAUGUAUCUGUAUUUUAAUAUAAGCCAAUGAUUCCUUCUGGGAAACUGAUAGCACAAUACUGAAAACAAGAGAUGACGUGUAUGUUCCAUACUGGCAUCUGACAUUUCUUUUGCCUUGAAACUUCUUGAUAGGUAUCAGAAGGCAGAUAAGAGAAAACACUAUCUCAUAGAUUCAUUGUAACAGUUCUGGGGAGGUUUAAAGAGUUUCCCACUAGGUAAAUUGAAGAAAAAACAUUUCUUAUUAAGUACAGUAAAAAAGAAGAGAAAGGCCUUUGAUAUCUCUGUUGUGAAGUAUAGGCAAUAAGGAACAGUACCACACAGGUUUCCUCCAUGGAAUAUUUUGAGUGCUUUCUCAGUUAAAGCGAGAAGAGUACGUGUUUACAAAGAGCUGGUGCCUUUACUUUGUAAAGAUCUUUGCCUCAUCUUGAGUUUAAUCAGUGCUGCUGAAGAAAUUCCAUUUUGUGUGUUAAACCUUCUCUGAAUAUUUGUGGAAUAUCAGAAAAUGUUUUCUAUCCUUCUAUUUUUCUUUGUUAUGAAUUGUAUCACAUGUCUCGUGAAAUUUUUGUGCUUGUAUAACUUAAAUCCUGUCUUUUGCAUUUUGUUAAAAGCUGUAAGGAUGACUGAAAUGAAAAUAGUGGUAUUUUCACUUUGUCUGAUCAACUAUUUGCUUUUAUACCAUACAUCUUAGCUACAAAAUGAGCAGACUCUAUUAUAAACAUUCACCUUGCGUGAUCACAUUUAUCUGAAUUUGGGCUGUGGGUUUCUCACUGUAGUGCUUCUGAAAAUUUUCUCCUUUACCUUGUGCUUUACCUACACACCUACGGAACUGAUAGCACUACAACAAUACUGAGGUCCUACUAUUGCUGGAAGAGUCAGACCUGAGCCAGCAGACAUUUUGCAAACAUUUAAGUUUUAGCAGUUUGUAAGCUGAGCCUGCAGAUUCAGUGCCAUCAAUGAUGCUGUCUCUUUAAAUUCCCACAGUUGUAGUGCAAUCCAGAAGGUAGAAUCCUACUUGAAGUUUUCCACGAAUUGUUACAGUUGGGUAUGGGGAACUAUUUAACUCUGGGCUGAUUUCACAGUGGCUAGUUAUGGGGCCAUGUUUUGGAUUUGUGCUGAACACAGGGUUGAUAAUAUAUAGAGAUGUUUUUGUUAUUGCUGAGCAGGACUUGCACAGAGCCAAGGCCUUUUUUGCUUUUUGCACUGCCACGCUGGCAAGGAAGUUGUGGGUGCAUGGGAGGCUGGGAGGAAACACAGCCAGGACAGGUGACUCAAACUGACCAAAGGGAUAUUCCAGACCCUAUGACAUCAUGCUCAAUGUAGAGAGUGUGGGGAAGAAGGAGGAAGCAGGGGGACGUUUAGAGUGGUGACAUUUGUCUUCCCAAGUCAGUGUUACAUGUGACAGGGACCUGCUUUCCUGGGAAUGGCUGAACGCCUGCCUGUGGGAAGCAGUGAAUUAGUUCCUUGUUUUGCUUUGCUCGUGUGCAUAGCUUUUGCUUUCCCUAUUAAACUGUCUUUAUCUCAACCCACGAGUUUUCCAGCUUUUACCCUGCUGAUUCUCUCCCUGAUCCUGCUGGUGGGGGAGUGAGUAAAUGGCUGUGUGGGGCUUGGCUGCUGGCUGGGGUUAAACCACGACAAACUCCAAGAUAGCCUUUCAGUACAAUAAGUAUCAUGAGAUGCUUUUCUUUUCCUUGUUUCACUGUAGACUUAGAGAAUCCUUUUGUAUGAGAAGGAUCCUGAAAACUUACCUUUCUAAACACAGCCUCUGAACUUGAUGAUCUUGAUUUAAACGUUUUGUGUGGGAAGACCUAUCGGAAUAAGCUUGCCAAAAAGGGUCCACGUCUCUUUGCCAGGUCCAGUGCCAGCAGGCCUUGCUGGUCCCAGAGAGGUGAGCUCAACAAGAAUAGUCUGCUGCUGAGGUAGCUGAAUACAGGGAAAGUAACUCUUGGAUACUGAAACUGCAGGCAACGGUAUAGGAGUGGAAGUAGAGACACUUACAUUAUGUCAGUUCUUUACAUUUAAUGACUUACUGUGAUGUAAGCUGCCCCAUCAAGGGAUGUACACAUUUUCAGCCUGAGUGAGAAAACUGAAAGCUUCUCCCUUCUGAUACACGUGGGUGGCUUUUCCUCCGGCAAAUUUGUAAUAAUGUAUGCCAAAAUGUAUUUGUGUUCUUCGGCAAGAUACAGAUUUAUAAAAUAUUUAUGUUCGUGGCCCCUGGUUCCUUUGAUUUUUGAUGUUGCAAAAUCUUAACAAGAUAAUAUUUUUGCAGUUUUGGGGAAUUGUUUUCAAAUAUCCAGUAGAAAGUUUUUGGCAAUAUCCCAAAUGUUUGCUGACCUGUUCAGUAAACACUGUCCAAAUUCAAAGAUGGAACCUUUUUCUUUCUUUCUUAAAAUUUAUUUUUAAUUCUUUUCUUCACUACUAGUUUCCAGUUUCUUUAGUUAUGUUCAGCUGAUUAUUGAAAAAAUAUUCUAUUUCUGGUUCCUUGUGUUCUUUAUCUCCUGCCAAAUUACUUGGCUACCCUCUGAAAAGGUUCAAACAAGAAUUUGGCAUGCUGGAAACCCUGUUAGGCCCCUGAAAAGAAAAUAUUCUUAAUAAUAAAGGCUUAAUUAUAUCCUGAAUUUAAUACUCUCCCUCCAAAAAGAGCUUGAAAGUUGGAAACCUGAGAGCUAUUUCCAGGCAGCGAUAAAGUAUUUAAAUAAAAGGCUCAGCAGCAAAAUAAAGAGCAAAUAAAGAGCAAACCAGUAUUUUAUGCAAUAAUCUUAUCAUCUGUUUGUCAAGAAACUGAGGUUCUAGCUCAUGGCAGAAACAAAUUUGGGGUAGUUGAGGCUUUGUGUUUUUUGCUUCCCACUCAAUCAAACAUAGAAUCAUAGAAUAUUAAGGUUUUGGAAUGGGCUUUAAAGAUCAUCUAGUUCCAAACCUGCUUGCCAUGGGCAGGGAUACCUCCCACUAGAUCAGGUUGCUCAAGACCUUAUCCAACUUGGCUUUGAACACUGCCAGGGCUGGGGCAUCCACAGCCUCCCUGGGCAACCUGUUCCAGUGCCUAACCACUCUCACAAUAAAAAAUUUCUUUCCUAAUAUCUAACCUAAAUUUUCCCUCUUUCUGUUGAUACUCAUCACUCCUUGUCCCAUCACCACAGUUCCUGAGAAAGGGUCCCUUUCCUGCUUCCCUGUAGGCCCCUUUCAGGUACUGGAAGGUUGCUAUGAGGUCUCCAUGCAACCUUCUCUUCUCCAGGCUGAACAGCUCCAACUUUCUCAGCCUGGAAAUUCCACAUCCAUCUGGCACUGGAAAUAGGGGUUUUGACUCGCUUAGCCUUGAAAUCCUGGCUCAGCUGUCCAGUAAGAGUAGAGGUGGGUGCUAAAAAAGGUAACUGUUUAAAGAGGUAAUUGUAUAAUAAAUGGAAUAACGUGUCAACUACAAGAGGAUGGAUGGCGUGAGAAACCAAGUGAAGAGAGGCAUUCCAAUCCUGUGCAUUAGUUUUUGCUUUUCAAUUUGCUUUUCUUUUAAGUGUUUCAGGAGAGCUCUAGAGGAUGCAAGAGAACUUACGUAAGGGGGAGCAUAAGCAAGGGGGUUGCCCCUAAGUUCCCAGGGGCCCACCAGGGUGUGCAAAUGAUAAUUUUCAGCUACAAGAUUUGGAGAUUAGCCUUAAAAAUAACUCUAAUCUUUGUGUUUCUUCCAGACCAUGUCAAACUUUUAGUAACCUAAGUGGGAGAGACCCAGCAAACAUUGAUCCACUUUUAUUUAGGAUUCCUAAUAUGGCCUUAAACCCCUCAUUUCUGUUGCCUGGGUGUGAAAAAACCCAGAUCUGUAAGGCAUAGUCUGGAAUUGCUGCAGUCAGGAGCUUUCUUUAACUUUCUAGGUAAGUCCUUCAGAGCCAGUAUUUUGUAGGUGGGUGCUUGUCUUUAAUAACAUCUCUUUCUGUUGCUGAAUGUCCUUGUUUUACAAGGAAGAAAGAACAAGGGAAGAAGUAGGAAGAAUUCAUGUGAAACAAUUCAGGUUAAUAGGUCUUUCCUAACUUCAUCCUCUUGGUCAUCUCUUUUGUUCAGGGCAUUCUGUUGUUUCAGAGACAAUCACUGGAGUGUGUAAUUAGAGCUGCCAGCCCAUGUUGCCUAAUGAAAAAAUGGUUUUUUGAGAAAUGUUUGGACUAUCUUGUGCAUCUACAACCAAGUGAAAUUGGGUUAAGCUGUAAACAGUUAUUGUUUUCAUUUUUCAUUCUGUGAACUCACUAGUUGUCCUGUGUGAUUGGGAAUGUGUGACCUUUUCAGUUGCUGUCUUUCAAUUAAUGUACCACUUUCUUAAGUGUUAUAGGCUACUAAUGUUUCUUGGACCACAAGCUGUUAUGGUACCCCAUGUGAUUGCCCCUAGCACCACCAUUCGAUCUGAAGUCUGUGAACAGGGUGAAGUGGUGUUAAUACAUGAACUAGAAUGAAUUAAGCAAAAAAUUUUCCUAAAAGAAAUGUAUUUCUUUGUAAGACCCAUGUUAUUUACUGCUCAUGUCUUUGUUCCACUCAUGAAGAUAACAAAUGUUUUUGCUGUAAUAUUUCGGGUUUGUUACUGUACCAUUCUUUGUUUCAAGAGAAAAUUAAAAAUUCUUUAGGAAUAUUCUCUGAUUGCAAUAUUGUAUGUAUGUGUAUAUGUGGAUGGCAUCAUUACUUACCGUUAUAUGUAACUAAUAAAGUGUAUAAUGCAAAACUC